AUGAGAACUCUUUUGCAUAACUUCCAUUUUGCACCUCACGAUUCUCUAAAUUGCAGAAUCUCCCCUUUCCCCAUAUCAUCAUCUUGCUUCAACGUUCGUCUUCCCAUUAACAACAAUCAAAUCUCCUGCAGCAAGUUGAUAAUGGACUCUGCUGACAAAAAUUCAGUUUGCGCACAGAAGAAGAUUGUGAUUCCGAACAGCCACAGCGAGAAGCUCGUGGGUCUGCUUCACGAAACUGGUUCAACAGAAAUUAUAGUCUUGUGCCAUGGAUUUCGAUCCAGCAAGAAUAACCAAAUCAUGAACAACGUGGCUAAUGCUAUAGAGAAAGAAGGGAUCAGCGCUUUCCGUUUCGAUUUCUCCGGGAAUGGAGAGAGUGAAGGCAGUUUCUACUAUGGUAACUAUAACCAUGAAGCUGAUGAUCUGCAUUCUGUUAUCCAAUACUUCUCUAACAUGAACCGUGUGGUUCCUAUUAUCCUCGGUCACAGUAAAGGAGGUGAUGUGGUUCUCCUGUAUGCCUCUAAGUAUCAGGAUAUCCGCAAUGUGAUCAAUCUCUCAGGACGUUAUGAUCUGAAAACAGGGGUAAGAGAGCGUCUUGGGGGAGAUUUUUUGGAAAGAAUUAAGCAACAAGGGUUCAUUGAUGUUGAAGAUGGAAAGUCAGGGUACAGAGUUACUGAGGAGAGCUUAAUGGAGAGGUUAAGGACUGAUAUGCAUGAAGCUUGCCUCAAGAUUGACAAAGAAUGCAGAGUCUUGACGGUUCAUGGAUCGGAUGACGAGGUAAUACCAGUGGAAGAUGCCAAGGAGUUUGCGAAGAUCAUACCGAACCACAAGCUGGAGAUUGUGGAAGGAGCUGAUCAUUGUUAUACCAAGCAUCAGAGUCAAUUAGUUUCAACAGUUAUGGAGUUUGUAAAGACAGUGAUGGUGAAGAACAACUAG